CUAAAAUUUAAAUUUACAAGCUCCAAUUAGUGAACUGAAUUUUCUCUAUCUCAUAAUGUGUAUUAAUGAUUUCUUUUCCUAUUGAUUAUGCAGGACCUUCAUUGACAACUCAAGAGAAGAGGGAGCUAAUCAUCAUUGUGAGGUGGGUCUGGUUAUGUAUAAUGACAACUCCGACCUAGGGUCGAACGUCCAAUAUAUCCAUUGGACAAGAGAUGUGGAUUAUUUUUUAGGUAUCCUAUCAUGUUUAGUUUUCAAAGGGGAUAGUUUAAAUCAAAAUACCAUGGUAGAAGGCCUAGCAUCGGCUCUAACGUUGUUUCCAAGGCCGUCUAAUAAAAUGACAGCACAAGAAUACUAUGAUGGAGAAAGGCAUUGCAUUCUUAUAACAGCUAGAGAUCCUAUUCCUAAGAGAAUGCUAGUCUCGGUGCCUGAGAUUCAAGGAAGAUUUAUUGGCACAAAAUUACAUACUUUAAAGGCAGAUUUUUACGAAGUGGCUAAAAUGUUUGGUUCGCUAGCAGUAUCCCUUUCAAUAAUUUCACCAAUCCAACAUCCAAUUUUUGGAGUGAUAUUCAAUAUGGGGAAUAAUGAUUCUUCACUAGCCAACACUCCCAUCUCUGAUUGCAGAAACGAACAAUUUAUUGUGUUAUUAUCAAGAAAUUUUAGGGAGGCACAUUAUGCCCUUCAUGAGAAAAGAACAAUGGAUCCACCCACUAAAGAAAGUGUAGAAUCACUUAAGACAACAAAUGAUAUUAUACUUGCCAUAGAUUUUGCUGACGACCAUGAAGAAGAUCUAUUCUCAAUUAUGAUGACUGGGAAGCAAAUCAUUGAAGCUGACAAAGAUGACCGACUUGUACAUGAUCCUAUAAGCCUACUGCCCCUAUCUGUCCCGAAUGCCUCAACCGGUGAAGUUGGCAUUUCAACUCUACCAAUGGUAAUAUCCACAACACCAACUUUCAUAGUUGGAGAAGGGUCUUUGAAAGGUGUAGUUGGAGGCAACUCGGGAAACUGCUCAACAAGCACAGCAAUUGCUGUAGGCAUGGCUGAUCCAAGGGAUGCUCCACCAGCUCAAAAUUCCAUGCUCCCUCAUUCAAUUGGAAAUACAUUCGAUGUUCAACCAUACUCAUCACUAUCAAUGCUUCCUUAUGCUAGUUCUAGUAGCAGAAGUCGCCCAUAUCUUCCAUUCCAGGUGAUUGGGUUUGGUCCACUUGGUAGAAUUGCUUUUGGAACAAGCACCGGGGUUCCUCCUGCACCAAUAACACCUCAAUUUAAUCCUUAUGAUUUUUGGCCUCCCCCAUCAUCUCUUACAAAUUUUAAUGACUAUUUGCUGGAAUGGGAGGGAUCUUUGGCUGGAAAAAUUGUCAAGAAGAAUCGUCAAUUACAUCUUUGGGUAAAGGUUCUGAGGAAAGCAACAUCGCCCUUGACGCUUACUAUUGAGUGGCCAAGUAGGCUAGAGAUAGCCCUAUAUUUACCACAGAAAGCUGUUAAUCAUACAGUAAAGAUUUGUCGUGGUCCCGUUGAUUACGUGUUCUUGUAUUUAAAGCAAUUUGACAAUCUCGACUUGCAUGACCAUCUGAACAACAAGAACCUGAGUGCGAAAAUUCAUCUCCCUUCUCAAAUUUUGAUGUUAACUCCAACCAAAAGUAAACACCACUUCAUAGGAAUAGUCUUCCCUGGGGAUACCAUAUUUAUUGAACUUCUCUAAGUAUGCAUACGACUAUCAAGAGUAUCAAGAGAAGCCAAAAGAACAAGUUGGAGGACCUGUUGUGGCAGCUAGAAUUGCAUUAAGAGAAGAGACCACCAUGAGAUCAUGCUCCCAAACUUUUCGAAGGGUGAAGUUGGGAUAAUUAAAAGUAUAUCAUCAAUGAUAUGGCAGCUAGAUAUUUCUUUAAGAAUUGAACAUGACUUUAUCUUUUAUUGUUUGAGUUUGUUAAAUAUAUAUAUAAAGGCCAAAUAGUCAAUGAGUGACACCUGUAAUUUAGUAGCAACUUAGUCACUUGCUGAUAGCUUUAUCUUUUAUUAGUUUUUCUGUUUUAAAUCUUCCCAUUCUAUAAAUGUAAACGUUAUUGAUCAAUAAAUUAUUAAAACUCCCUUUUCCUUCUCCCAAA